AUUGCGCCCGCGCAGCGUGGCCGCCUCACCUCUGGCUAUGGAUUGUCAAGUCUGAUAUUUUGGCGCGAGUUCGUAAACAGUGAAAACUAGUGGUGAUAGUGUUGGCGUAAUCGUGCGCAUCUUAUCGGUGCGUUAUGGCGGUCUGCGACAAGUGGGUCGCACUUAAGAUAGUGGAGUUUUUGGUGUGCGUUGCAUGUUUGGUGGCUAAGCGUGUAUCCACCGACGAUGAGGCGCGACUGGCGCUGCUGCUGCAGAAGCUGUCCAGGGAGUGGUCCCUGCUCACCUCCGUCACGUGGGACUCCGCCGGUGGUGCCUUCGCUGAUGCCGUCUAUGGUGGCUACGUCAUAAUUACCUUCGGACUGCUGAUUGGAAGAGUUUUCCAAGAAGUACCGAAGGGGCGACGACUGCUCGAGGGCUUUUUCUUGGGGAUCGGACUGCUGCUAUUCCUCGUGUUAGGUGGUUUAGAACUUGCAUCCUUAGAUUCAGUACCAAAGAAUUUGACUGUGAAUGCUUCAGUGUUGGGCAGCUUCUCUCUGCUCGUUGCCGCUUUAUUCCUAAUCGAUCUAAUGGGCCCCAGGGUGUACACUGCAACCCAUCACUCGCAGACAGAUACAAUCACUGUAAUAUCACCAAAGUCUGAAAAGGAAUUGACAGUGCCACCUCAACCAACUAAUGUACAGACGCCAAAUGGGAAGCAAAACGGUCACGUACCACCAGAAAGACCGAAAGACCUCGAUCUAGAGAUGAAUCACAAGGAUAAAGUCAGUAAGAAGGAAGAACCCAGACCGAAGGACAAACUCGACAGUGGCUAUACGAAAUUCGGCGAUGGCUUGGAAAAAGAUGUCUUGGAAUCAUCGAAGUUCGGGUCCCUACGAAACGGAAUGGAAGGUGGCAACUACGUGAGACUGUCCGACCCGUUAUUUGAACCACUAGAUAAAUUACAUUACGAGCAGGAGUUGGCUAAGUUUAACGAGAAAUAUUUCCGAGAGUAUCUAGACUCGUACGACGGCGGCGCUAGGCUAUCGGUGAAGGAGAACUAUUUGCCAGAGUUACAGACGCCUGUCUUUUCGAAGGUGAAGACGGGAAGAUUGAAAAGUUUAUAUGAUGAUGUUUCGCCGACGUACGAGCAGAAGAGACAGUCGAAAUCACCCACUCGAGCGAGAACAGUGGCGACUCCGACGUUACAACAGUUGGAGGAUUAUCUGCGGUCUUCCUCUAGGUCGAGAAGAGGGGACACUCCUGCUCUGUUUCCUAUGGAACCGAUAGAGGAGAAGGACAAAGAGAGUCACGCUGAAGGCAGGGCGUCGGGAACGCCCACGGACCCAGGGUACGUGCAAUACACGGCCGGCAAGUGGCCGGACAAGCGAGAAAUAAGGACACCGAGGCACAGCCCCACACAAUAACAUUAUUUUUCCACGCGACUGAUGAGUACUUACGUGUAUGUGUGCUGUGUGAAUAAAUCUUGAAUUAGCCAUUGAAUAGACAUAGUUACUAAUAUUUUUUAUGUACAUUAAGCUCGACAAUAAAUUAAUUUAACAACAGUGG